GAGUUCAAAUUCAUCAAAGCAAUUGAGUUUUGAGUUUUACUUCCUACUGUCUUUUCAGUUAAUUCCAGAGGAAACUGAAGAUGAACCAAUCCCAGAACUCAGGUUUCCAAGCUGGCCAGGCCAAAGGCCAAGCUCAGGAAAAGAGCAGCCAGAUGAUGGACAAGGCUAGGAAUGCUGCCCAAUCUGCCAAGGAAUCAAGCCAAGAGGCUGGCCAGCAAAUGCAGGAGAAAGCUCAGGGUGCUGCUGAUGCUACCAAGAAUGCCAUGGGACUCAACAAAUGAAACCAGUGGAUCAGAAACACCCCACCUGCUCCUCUUCGAUCAGUGGACAUUUAGUUUGUUUUUGCCAUUGUUUUGCUCAUCAAGAGCUGGCUGUUUUUGUGUCUUUUUCUUUUCUUUAUUUUCUGUCACCAAUGUGUACUUCGAACAUAAAGAGAAAGCUUUAAUGAUUUUCUCCUA